AUGGAGCUCCGGCCUAUAAGGCUUCAGGACACUUUUCGGAUACACAUUAUGCUCGCCAACGAGAAAAGCCCUACCCGCGACGGAAUGCCGAGCGGCUUUUUGCAUCUCGUACACUCGGACCCACCCACUUGUCAGUGGCGCCUGGUGAAAUGCGGUCGGGUAGCUGACCCUUUUGCCUCCAACACCGACAACCUGGACCACAUCUCGGCUGGUGAGACCUUGGUCAGGCGAAAUCGUGCCUCCAUGCUUCCCCCAACUGCCCGAGAUGACCGUCUUCCUUUGUUGCCGGAAGCCACACAAAAGGGACCACUUUUCACUUAUUUGUCAACACAGAACGUGUUGCCCAGUGACACGUCCAGACUACCUGAGCUCACGAACCGCCAGGGAGCACUCCUGUUGUCCAUUUUUCAGGCAUUUUUUCCGCCCCCAACAUCAUCGGAGCAGGAAUCCAUACUUCACGAAAUAGAACAAAAAUAUACCAUCAGCAACCCCGGUAUAAGAAAGCGACUAUGGUUGCAGGUGGCAGAGGAAUUCUUUGCACAAUUCACCAGUCUUUCCUACGCGGUAAUCCUCUUUCGGUUUCCGGCCCCUGUGAUGGACUUUUUCUGGCCGGGCCCCCUUGCACCCGGACUUGACCAGUUGGUGAAUGCGAUCGACUUGCUCGAAUUUUGGCUCCAUGGCAACGGCACUUCAACACCUUUCACAGCCUCCACUACCACUCCUUCUUCGGAGUUGGAAAAUCUGGUCUACUCUUCACCCGUUGGAGGUUGUGGCCUUGGUGCCGGCUCAGGGCUCCAGGAGGACUUCUUCCCUGGAGGUCUAGCCGGCUUUGGAGGCGGUCUGGGCAGCCAGCGCGUGGCUGUGCUCCAUUGCACAGGCCCCAAAGGACUGUUGGCCGUUUAUCUGGCAGCUUACAUCUACCAAAUGCGUGCCAGACUCGGACCGACGUUUGGCAGACGGUCAGGAUCGCCACAGGCUUUGGGUCUGUGUUGGGACGACAAUCGGUUUCGCCGGUAUGGGAAUCGCCUGGUUCUGGAACACAUCGCCCUGAAGCGGUUCUACGAUGACACACUGGCCUGUGAAAUCAGUCCCUCUCAACGCAGGUGA